AUGGAACUCAACGGCUACGGCAGCGACAAGAAGAAGGCCGGCGAUGGAGGUGGUGACGAUAGCAAUGCAGCAGAAGAAAAGACACCUGUCUUUGUUUAUUACCUGGCUUGUUUUGCCACUAUUGGAGGUCUACUGUUUGGAUACGAUACAG